UAUUGAGGAUUCAGAAAUGAUGUGUCUUUGAAUUAGGGAUGGAUGGAGGGGUAACCGGUGGCCUUAUUUGCAGGGACAGGUAGUUAGGGAAGGACACCGAGGAGGUGACAUUUGAGCCAAGGCCAGAAGGCCAAGAAAGUCCCCAUAUGUGAAGAUUUGGGGAGGCCGUUCCCCCAUCGUCCCCCGUUGGUAAAGAAACCUUUGCCAGUGCAAAGGUCCUGAGGCCAGAGAUUAGCCUAUUUAAUUGGAAGAAGAGACCAUCUUUGACAGUCUCCACUUGGAUCUCAAACUCACCACCUCAGUCCCUCUCCUCCUAACUCUGAUCUCCCUGAAGUCUUCCACACCUCAACAAAGAGCCCUCAACUCAGCAAAUGAGCGCUCCACACACCUGAGAGAGACAGCGCGAGAGCGGGGGAGAGGGGCAGCAGGAGAGAGCGAGAGAUCGAAUCCCAAACAGGCUCCACGCCCAGCACGGAGCUCGAUGCAGGGCUUCGUCCCGCGACCCUGGGACCAUGACCUGAACCGAAAUCAAGAGUCAAACACUCCACUGACUGAGAUGUCCAGCAAGGUGGCCAUUGGCAGCGACAUCGGGCAGGCCCGCCGGGCCGUGGAGCAGCUGUGGGUGGAGGCGGGCAUCGACCGCAUGAAGGUGUCCAAGGCGGCCGGCGACCUGCUGCAGUUCUGCGCGGAGCAGGCCAAGAGCGACCCCUUCCUUGUGGGCAUCCCGGCUGCCACCAACCCCUUCAAGGAGAAGAAGCCCUGUGCCAUCUUGUAACCCACGGCCCCGACCGCCCAGGAGGCCUCAAUAAAAAGGAAGUGAAUGAUCCUCGG